UUAAUAACUAGGCUUUGGUUUUACGUACAUCUGUUUAGUUGUACAACACAGCGAAAGUCGAUAUAUCCUUUUGAGUUAGUAAUGAUGUGUAACGGAUUUCCGCCGUUAUAGCAUAAAAAAAAAAAAGGAAAAGGUUAAUCAGCAAAGGAAAUUUCUAGAAAACUUCACAACCAGAUUUUAUUACACCACAAAUGUAUUUUUGGUUACAGUCCAAAGGCACUUUUUCACAUUGCGUGUCGCUCAUUAUUUUCUGUUAAUCUCCCCAUGCAAGUUCGUUUUUAUUCGGGAACAGAAGUGAGUCCCCGCUAUGUGCUUGAGGCUCACAGUUUAUUUCUCUUUAUCAUCGUGUGUUAAUUAAUUUUAAAAUUUCGUGAUUUUCUAAAUGCCGGCGUGGGUGCCUUGAUGGGAACUUUUGAGACAGCCUUUAAUGACGCACUCGGAUGUAAGAAAAAUAUCAAGCAAAAGGAAAGUUAAGCGUCACUUUGAUGAGUUUUCAUUAUGGGCUCGACAAAAAUACGGUUAUGUCAAUAUAAGUCAUUGUUCGCAUGUUAAAUAAUGAGUAAAAAUUUUCCCGCAGACAAUGAUAUUGUUAGCGAGAAGAAAAAAAAAACAUGUAUUAUGCAAUCUGUGAAACGUUCAUUAGUAGUUAAUGUUCCCAGGCUAUUUCUUAUUUACAGUCAUCUCAACCUUUGAAAACGGUUUCUUUCCUUACUUUACCUAUUCAAUGAGGUACGGCCAGAAGGGUUUAACCGUUACAAAUAGGCUGUAAAUUUAUGAAUGAUGAAUAUGGUAAACUGACGUAUUACGGGCUCCCUCCUCACGAAAUUUCCGUUUCGCCUUUAUUAUCUCUAUUGUUUUAAGGACCUUUUGCUCUCGUACGGCUGGGUGCUUUUGUCCGUUGUCUAAUUGAAUGUUUUGCAAUGUGAUGAUGGUAACGGAAUGACCCCAGACUGAUUUAAAAUGCCCUUUGAAAAUAUUCGCUGGUUUCAUGUUUUCUUCGUUGUAUUUCUUGCCUCGAAUGUGGACACAGUUACGGCCGCGAGAGAGUUACUCAGGAAUAACAUUAGUGAACCUCAAGCUAUCUGCAAUGACAAUUCUAGAGCCACGUUUUAUAUCGGAGCAAAGACAUCGAAGAAAUGGAUUGUGUUCUUUGAAAGUGGCGGAUUUUGUUCCUCGUUCGCAGACUGCAACAGACGUUACUUGAGUAAAGAUUCAACGAUCUUGAUGACUUCGAACAAGCUGCCUGAUAGAAUUACUGGACGAGAUCUGCUCUCUGCGUCUGGCAGCGAAAACCCAGCUUUCUUUCGAUACAAUCACGUUCUCGUUCCAUACUGCAGCAGUGAUCUUUGGCUUGGCUUGAAAACUAAUCCCAACAAACCGUUCCGUUUUGUGAACGAUUCGUCCGUCGAUAACUUCAGUUUUAGAGGACAGACGAUUUUUCGUUCGGUUUUCAUGGAUCUGCUACAGCUUCAUAACUUGACAGACGCCGAGGAGAUCAUUCUUGCGGGAAGUAGCGCAGGGGGGAUUGGUAUUCUGAAUCACGCGGAUUGGGUCUUGAAGUACGUAGUGGAAACACAUCGUUUAAACGCCAGCCUUUUGUCUUUAAUCGACUCAGCCUGGUUUAUCGACUUUCAGGGUAGUCUCCAGGGCAGAAUGAAUCCCAAGUUCACAUCAUUCGCAAAUAUUUCGUCGCCUGCUUGUUUAGAUUAUUCGCGUGGUCACACUUGUUGCCCAUCAGCACCAUGCAUGAUUGCGCGCGGGUAUUAUCCCGCAAGAGUCCCGUUACUUUUGAUCUCAAGCAUGUAUGAUAUUUACAUGUUUGGUGAAGUUGUUAAGACAUUAGAAGCCGAAGGAAAAACGGCAAAUGAGCACUCUGCAGAUUUCAUAUCUGCUAUAAACAUGUACGGCGGUGCGAUGAAUGAAUCUUUAUCGUCAUCAGAAGAACAGUCAUUGAAUGUGAGCUUCUUUACACCAGCAUGUUUUCAACACAUUUAUUUUGCCACCUCAAGUUUGUGGGACGAGAAUGGGAUCUUUUCUCCUUCAAUGGAAGUUGCAGUUGGAAAUGCAAAAUUUAGGAACAAAGUGCGAAGAAAAACUUGGGAGACAACAAAAAUAUCGAAGACCAGCAUGAAAGAUUUUGUAUCGACAUGGGUGAGAUCACGUGACGCUUCCAUAAAACUAAUUGACAGCUGUAUCGGUGCUCAGUGCAACCCUACGUGUCCCCAGCAGUUGUUUUUUAUAGAUCCUGCGGUGAACUGGGUCGAGGUGGUCAAGAUUGUCAUAAUCAUUCUGUCCCUGUUCAUCACAGUCACGUGCUUUGGUUUGAAGGCCGUAUUCAUGCUGUAUCAGUAUCACCUAUCAAAAAAACAAAGGCAGUACUUGACUGAUACUGAAUCUAAAGAAGCACAAAAAGAGUUGCCUCCGGCACAACCCAGCGAAAUAAUCAGCAUCGCCUGUUUAGCACUCAGCUACUCAGUCGACGUAAACAAGAAGAAAACAAAAAACGGCAGAGGUGAGACUUUAACCUUGGGGUUAAUCAUAAUCUUAGCCAGGACAGAUCAGCUCCAAAUGCGCAAUGAUACUAGAAUAAACGAGGAGACAGAUACACUCACUGAACCAAUUAACCGACGGACCGACCAACUGACCGACCGACCGACCGACCGACCAACCGACAGACCGACUGAAAGACCGACUGACUAUUUUGAAUUUUUUACAGACAAGCUGGCUCCUGAGACUAAAGUAGUUCAAACAGAUCAACCAGAAGGCACAUCUCCCUUGAUGAUGAGAAAUGAUUUAGAUAAUGUGUUCGAGGAGGAGGAAUCAACAAGCCUUUCCAGUGAAUCAAAUGGAGAAAUCGACUCUUUCCCAAGCGAUAACUUGGGUUUUGAGAGCUUAAUGUCUCUAACGCCUGAGCGAACAGAUUUUACCAAAAUGAAGUUACAUUCUACUCAGAAUGGUCAUUCUCAUAGUCAAGACAAUCCAAGAGUGAAGGUAAAAGAGGCGAAGACCAGAAAUGGACAAAACCAAAAACCAAUUCUAAAGAAUGUCUCUGUUUACUUUAAUCCUGGAGAGUUGGUAGCCAUCUUGGGUCCCUCGGGAUCUGGAAAGACAACUCUACUAGAUUUGCUGACAGGAAGGCGAGAAACAGGCAACAGCCAGGGUGCGGUGUUUAUAAAUGGAGUUCCUAGAAGUCUUGGUAAUGUGCACAAAUGGUUCGCUCGCAAGAUUGGUUACGUGUUACAACUGGCUGUGCCUUACUAUGAAGAACUCACUGUGCGGCAGAAUCUCUUUUUCGCUGCUCACAUGCGGCUGCCUAAAUCAAUGAGCAAUGCACAGAAGUUUGAACGCGUUGAACAGAUACUUGUAGAGAUCGGUCUUACGUCUCUGGCUGAUACAGUUGUUGGUGGGUCUGUGGGUCAAGGUCUCAGUGGAGGACAGAAACGUCGAUUGUGUGUCGCUCUUCAGAUGAUAAAUCUGCCAUCUGUGCUUUUCCUUGACGAACCAACUUCGGGUCUGGACGCAUCAUCUUCCCUGGAGCUGUUGAAUCUUCUCAAUGUUGUUGCUGAGACAGGCAGACUAGUGAUUCUCACUAUACAUCAGCCGAGGGUGGAAAUCUUCCAUCUUUUCCACAAGAUUAUCCUUAUGUAUGAUGGUCAGGUGGCGUAUUACGGCGAGCCUACAUCAGCCCCGACUCUCUUUCUUAAAGCCUAUCUACAGUCAACAACUGAAGAAUUUCGACUCAGUGAAGAAGCGCCAAAAAUUGAUGCCAAAAACCCUGCAGACACAAUUAUGGAUAUAAUGAACUGCAGUGAGGCUCGCCGAGCCAUCCUGGAUUAUUACCAAAGAAGUGGUGAGCCAGAGGCAGUCCAGGAAGCUAUCAAAAAGGCACAGGAAGACGCAAGAAACAUUUUUACUAUGCAAAACAUGAACUCCGACAAAGAGGAGAUAAACGAUGCAGGAACAUUUAACAGAAUAUUUGUGUUGGAAGGCCGAACUUCCCUGAGUCAAACACUUGCACAAAUUUGCUAUUUUCCUCUGAUAUUCUUCUUGUUUGGAUUAGUAGUAGGAACGAUUUACUUUCGGGCGCAGGACAAAGAUGGGAUUUUGCUGAUGUCAGCAUUUUGUGUCUAUUGCUGCUGCAGCCCCUUGUUUCUCAGCUCAGUUCUAAUGGCGCAUCUAAACAAAGCUCUAAAUAUAUAUCACCUUGAACGUGCUGAUGGGUGCGGUCGGUCAUAUGAGAAUGUGAUUCAGACAUACGUGCGCAUUGCUGCUCUGUGUGUGAUUCCAAUUCUAGUCCGUUCGGCGAUGUCUUAUUUAUUGGUCAUGACGUCAUAUGAUUUGAAGACAUUUUUCUUGUUAAUAAUCAUCUCAUUGGUUUUAAACCAAACCUGGAUUGCAGUCUACAUGAUGGUGAUUUGUGCACAUCCGGGAUUCGCUAGUCGCAUUUGUCCGAUGGUAUCCGCCAUCGGAGGCUUCGCGGGGGGCUUUUUAGUACCCAGACCUCAAAUGCCGGCUGGGUACAACCUACUAUUCUACAUCAACCCACAAUUCUACGGUUAUUCUGCUAUCUCCAAAGCCUUAUUACAAAACCUCCGCCUAAAAUGUGUUUACGAGUCCAAAUUGAAUUGUAUCAGUACUGAAGGCAAUGCUGUUUUGGCCGGAUUUGGGUUCGACACGGUCAAUAUUUAUGAAAAUUUGGCGAUAAUGCUUGGGAUGACAGUAAUAUCAUUAAUUUUCUCCUGGCUGUUUCUGGAAGUAAAAAACAUGAAGAUGAAAUUCUCCAAAACGUCAUCAAAAAUAUCAAGGUCACAAGUGGAUAAAAUACUAGAAGAAUCAAUCGAGCUUCUAAAUGAGGCAGGCCACACAGCUAACCCCACUCGCCGGAGGUCCACGUUAGGCAUUGUUACCCAUGACGACGGACUGCACACCGUGAAGCUUCCGGACAGUCCCAUUUCUCGCGAGUACCAGCCAGAUCCAGAUGUUGUUUCUUUGAUGCCACAAGCGAGUCCUGUCAUGUCUCGAGAGAGUCGGUGGGCGAUUGUUCGUAGGCGUAUGGCGGAGAGAAGGUUAAGCACCCAUCUUGAGAUGCAGAACGUUCAGAGAAUCGUCAGACAUUCCACAUUUAUACAAUCAAAACAAGUUCAGUCUCAAAUGGCAAGGACGCGAAAGAAAACUAUACCUUUGCCACCGAGAAGUAGACACAACAGUGACCCUGGAGCAAACGGACAAAAACCAGAACCAAAAACGAAACGUCACCAGUCAUACCAUGAAACCAACGAUCACAACCCUAUGAAUCUUGAACUGAAAAUGACAACUUGGCAACCCACGCCACGACCAAAGAGUGUCUGUUUUCCUGUGGUUGAAGAGGGAGAUCAAGAAAUGACGAGUCGUAGCUCGUCAUUGAAAAGUAUCCGUGAACAUGAUGACGCGUUUGGCUCUGUGGAAGAAGAAGAGGAUACCGCGAAUAUCGUUGUUGACACCAAGUUUUAAAAAUAGGGAAAACCCAAAAGAGCAAUAGACAUUUUUUCCUUCAUUACGUAAUUAAUAGUAAAAAAGUCACAUUCAAAGACAAGUGCUGAGUAAGUAGGCUUUAAUAUCAGUUGACUUCUCUGAUGUCACAACGUCUUUAUAAAUACUGAUUUAUUUAUCAUGCACAAUCUUCACAGUUAACUGCACAUUAUUCCAAAAUACAAAAUAAAAAAUGCAAAAAUUUAAA